ACUACGCGAAAGCCAUUCGCCUCAUUUGCUACGCGUUCGCCCAGCACGUGCGACUCCUGUUCCUUCGCGCAGUAAUCGGUUGCGCGCGCGGCGUCUCUCCAGCCUCUCCAUCACUACGUACGGCACGCACACGUCCAUCGGCUCCCGAACACAUCACGCUAACGAGAAUCCGUUAAUAUUGCACCGAUCGCCAUGGCGGAGGAGUAUCUAUACGGAAUCACUCUAGAGGGACCGAACGCCAGCGAGGUAUGGGACCCGGAACACAAGAACGACGACCUGGACGGCACGAACCAACACAUGGGCGCCGAUCAGAAGCUCAUCAUCAAAAUGGCGCUCUUGGGACCAGAAGCCAAACCUGGAGAGCUCAAUGUGCUACAGGUUGAAGCGAUGGGAUUAAAAGGACCCAUCAAAACACCAAUUGCUCUAUUAGAAAUGGGAAAAACAGCGCAAAUCAUUCUUGAUCUUAGUUUCCCAGACCCUCCUGUCACAUUUACAUUGGUCAAUGGCAGUGGACCUGUUCAUAUAGUUGGACAUAAUCUCCUUGGUACGCACAUCGAAGAGUUCGAGGAUAUAGAUGAUGAUAUGGACGAAGAAAAUAUCGAUGACGAAGAAGAUGAAAAGGCUCCGCAAAUGAAACGAAAGCUUUCUGCAGAGGACCCUGAUGAUGAGGACGAUGAAGAUGAUGAACCUAAAAAGAAGAACGCCAAAUUGACAACUGCAGCCAAAUACAAAAAUCAGGCUAACAAGAACAAGAAAAAAUAAAUAUGAGCCUUAAAAUUAUGAAAAUACAAUAAACUUUUAAGUUAGGAUAUUAAACUUAAGUCCAUCAUUAUCAUCCGCAUUUGUGCGAAUCUAGUAUCAUUUCAUAAGGGUCCUGCCCUUUUCAAUUCAUUGUUUCAUUAUCAGAUGACAAACAUUGCCUUCCACUUUUCUAGAAACACAACUGGACCAAUGAAAUUUUUGUAACAUAAUUAUGUUUGCUUUGCAAAUGCUUUAUUACAUACUAAUGCUACCUACUAUUAUAUUUUUUCGCAAAAAGAGAUGAUAUACGUUAUAUUGAGAAAUAUCACUUGCAUUCUGUUUAACAGAUAGAGAAUAAGACCUAUAUUCAGAACGUGCUUAUAACUAUGUUAGUAUGCUGUUAACCAAUCAGAAGGCAUAUUUCGUGGCUUUUCAUUGAUUUCACUGGUUAACAGCGCGCUAACAUAGUUACAAGCAUGUUCUGAAUAUGGGUCUAAGAGUAUUUUUUUGCCAUAUUUUUAAUUUAAUGCUUUUUCUCCAAAACAGGACUUGUUACAUUUAUUACAGUAACUUGACGAGUAUAUACAUCAAAUUAUAUUGGAAAUGUAUAAUUACGAGUGUCAUUUUGCAAAAUAUGUUAUUUUUACGACCAUAAUUCUUGUUAAUUUACAAGAAGCAUUAUCCAAUUGUAUUAAAAUAUAUAGAAAAACAUUUUAAAUGUAAGGUCCAUAGCUUGCUUCUUAUUUCUAAACUGAACGUUCAUCUUUUAUUUCAUCGCGACUGUGAACAAAUUGUGCGACAGCACAAGUUUUUAUAAAAAUAGCGGUUGGACAAUUUUGGUCCAGUUGUUACUGUGAAAUUAGUGGAAAGCUAAUGGACGGAUAUGCAGUCAUGUUUUGCGUUUUCUUUCCGUCUUCUCCGAGAUGGUAUUCAUAUCGACGCACUUCCAGAGAUGCGAAAAUAUAUUAUUCUAACGUAGCCGUAUAAACACGACUUAAAGAUAGUCUCCUGUAAGAAAUGGCGUGAUAAAACUCCUUUGUAACUAAUUAUUUUCAUGUGUACAAGAUGGGGGAAGGAUUAAUAGUUAGUCAUACGGAAAGUUUCUCUAUUCCAAAAUCUUAUGUCUGUAAAAAUAUCAGCAUUAUAUACAAAAAGAAACAUACGCGUACAUCAUCUCAACAUUCAUUCCAUUUGAUGAAAGAUAAUAGAAAUGGAGGUUACAGGUGUACCGAGUGAAAAGAAAUGUUUUUACAUCGGUGUGUCGUACACGACUGAAACACGAUGCGUGCAAAAGACGCGCCUAUGGAUCGAGUAGUCUGUACACCUAGUAGUCUGUACACCUAUUUUGUACAUAUACAAUACAAUAAAAAAUUUCACAACUUUUAAUCCGUA